UGGGGUCGGCCCGACAGCGCGCGCGAGGAGCGCGGCAGCCCGGCAGCGCCGAGAGCCCGCGCAACAGCCUCCGCCGCCGCGGCGUCCCUCCCGCAGCCGUGCGGCGACUCCAGACAGAAGGGCCGGGCUACCGGCGCCCGGCGCGGGAGGAAAAUGGCUCAGCUUCUUGCACCAGCAACAUCCAUCCAUGAUGAGGAAGCCUUGGAAAGCAGAAUGUUGGUUACAUUCCUCAUGUCAGGACUUGAGUCAAUGUGUAAAGAACUUUCCAAGUCCAAGGCAGAAAUUGCCUGUAUUGGUGUAUAUGCAAGAAAUGUUUUUGUUAUUGGAACUGAGAGAGGAAAAGCCUUUGUCAACUCUAGGGAAGAUUUUAAGACGGAUUUUAUCGAAUACUGUGUUACAGAAGAGGACAGGCCUCCAAAGCUGCAGAAAACAAAGACUACACCACCUGUAAACAGACAGACAGUGGAUGCUGAGGAGCUGGAGGCUCUUAGAAAGUCUGUGGAGGAGUUUUUCUGCUCUUUAUAUGGUAAAGCUUUAGGAAAGCCAGCGGCAGUACCUGUGACAUUCGAAGAGAUUCAGAGGAACCAGUCUGUUGUGAUAGUGCAGGGCCUGCCUGAAGGAGUCACAUUUAAACAUCCAUCAAAUUAUGAUGUUUCCACUCUGAAAUGGAUUUUGGAAAAUAAAUCAGGGAUCACAUUUAGUAUCAACAGGCCUUUUUUGGAACUAAGGAAACAUGUAGGAGCUGAUAUGACAGAUCCUUCACAUUCAGUUACACGCCCACGUGAAAGUUGUCCUCCUGUUAAUGUGAAAACGGAACCAAGCAAGGAUUCUGAGACCAACAAGGAUCAUGGAAUUCCUUCUAAAAUGUCAGAAGUAACAAUGAAGCAGGAAAGAGAUGAUCCUAACUACUAUCAAUUUAAUACUCCAGCAGGCCCAUCCAAAACAUCAGAGAUAGAUGAAAAAAUUGCUCCUGGAAAAAGUUACACAGAGUCUGCCCAACCUGACUCAUCAGAAACAAGUGACAAUUCUGAGGAUGAUGUUGAUGAUGGUGAUUAUAAUAAUGAUGGUGACGAGUACCUGCCCUCUGAAGGGAGCCGGCGGAGCCCAGGUUUGACUACUGAAGCAGCCAGUACUGGGGGAAGAAAUGCACAAGAGUUCAAUUUUAAAUCCUCCCACCAUGACAUGUUAGAAACAAGCGAGAAACCUGAGGUUGAGGUCACCCUUGAAGAAGAUGAUGAUGACUACCUACCACCUGACAAGAGACUGAAGAGCACCAAGUCGGCUACUGAAGUGGCCAAUACUGGUAGAAGAAAUGCAGAAGAGUUCAAUUCUGAUUCCUCCCAGCAUGACUCAUCAGAAGCAAGUGAAGAUUCUGAGGCUGAAAUCACUAGUCAAGAUGAUGAUGAUGAUGAUGAGUACCUGCCCUCUAGCAAGAGAAAGAGAAGGAGAACAAGGAAUACCCGGUCAACUAAGGAAGUUGCCAAUAACAGGAGAAGAAAAGCAAAAUAUGUCAAGUCUGAUUCCUCCCGGCAUGACAUGUCAGAAAUAAGUGAGAAUCCUGAGGUUGAGGUCACUGUUGAAGCUGAUGAGGAUUACUACAUGCCCUCUGACAAGAGACAGAGGACCACCGAUUCGGCAAAUGACAAUGCUAGUGCUGAGAGAAGAAAUGCAGAAGAGUUCAAUUGCGAUACCUCCCGGCAUGACAUGUUAGAAAUAAGUGAGAAUCCUGAGGUUGAGGUCACUGUCGAAGUUUCAAAAUUCAAGGCGGUUCCUGUUCUGCAUGCAAGUUCCAUGGACAAAAAAACAGGGGGUUUUUUAUUGUUUCUUAAAGAUGAUGAUGAUAACUACCUACCACCUGACAAGCGACUGAAGAGCAACAAUUUGGCAAAUGAAUCUGCAGAUAUUGAGAGUAGAAAAGAAGAGGAAUUCAUCUCUGAUACCUCCCGGCAUGACAUGUCAGAAACAAAUGAGAAUCCUGAGGUUGAGGUCACCCUUGAAGAUACUGACCAGCCAUAUGCAUACCGUAACAAGAGACGGAGGAGCACCCAGUUGGUUAAUGAAGAGUCCAAUAGUCAGAGUAGAAAAGCAGAAGAGUUCAAUUCUGAUUCUUCUCAGCAUGACUCCUCAGAAGCAAGUGAGGUUUCUGAGGCUGAGCUCUCUAGUGAAGAUAAUGAUGAUGACUAUUUACCCCAUGAGAGGAGACAGAGGAGCCCCAAGUCAGCUAACAGCUCAGGCGAUAGUGGGAGAAGCAAAGGAACACAGUUCAAUUUUGACCGAUGGAAUUCGCGAAUUACAGACUUGAGAACCGAAGUUGAAGAGCUGUUUGAAAAGAAAUAUGCUGAAGCUAUAAAAGCAAAGGGCCCAGUGUCUAUUCCAUACACAAACUUCCUUUCACACCCAGAAGAUUUAUAUGUGGAAGGGCUGCCAGAUGGGAUUCCCUUCCGGCGCCCAGCCACGUACGGCAUUCCCCGGCUGGAGAGGAUACUGCUGGCAAAGGACCGGAUCCAGUUUGUCAUUAAAAAGCCUGAACUUCUGAAUUCGACAGAGGCUCCAGAGGCCAAUACAGUUUCAACAGUCUCAUAUACAGUGAAAGAGGACUGGCAUUCCAGAGUCACCAAACUGAGAAUGACAGUAGAUCAACUUUUCUGUAAAUUGUAUGGCAAGGCUUUGGGCAGCAAUGAGCCCAAAGCUGUUCCAUACAAGAAAUUUGAAGCUCAUCCGACCGACCUCUAUGUUGAAGGGCUGCCAGACAACAUCUCAUUUAAGAGUCCCUCCCGGUAUGGAAUCCCUUGCCUUGAACAAAUAAUUCAAAUGGGCGACAGAAUAAAAUUUGUGAUCAGAAGGCCAGAGCUGCUAAAUCAUUCUUCAAAUGAAGUUAUUCAGCCCAGGUCAAACCCUACAGCGAGAGAAGAUUGGAAUUCCAAGAUCACAAAGCUAAGAAAGCAAGUAGAAGAUAUAUUUAGUAAGAAGUUUGCCAAAGCUCUGGGGCUUUCAGUUUCAGAGUCAGUGAAAGUUCCCUAUUCUGUGUUUGAAUCAAACCCUGAGUCCUUGGUCGUUGAAGGCUUGCCAGAAGGAGUCCCCUUCAGGAGUCCCACAUGGUUUGGAAUUCCACGCCUUGAAAGAAUCAUCCGUGGGAGUAGCAAAAUCAAAUUUGUUAUUAAGAAGCCUGAGCUUAUCAUGUCCCAUUUGCCUCUAAGACUGGCUAGUAAACUAAAGAAGAAAGGAAUUAGUCCAGAGAGUCCCAGAAGGUCACGAAGUUCUUCAGAAAAUUCAAGUGUCCCAGAGAUUGAAGUUACUAUUGAAGACAGUCCUCAGAAAGAACAAAGUAAUUCUGAUGCCAGUGACUCCAAUCCAAAUUCUAAGCAACAAGGAAAAGAGUUUUCUUUUGACUUGUGGAAUGCCAGAAUCACGGACUUAAAGCAGAAAGUUGAAAAUCUUUUCAAUGAAAAGUGUGGGGAGGCACUGGGACACGGAGGGCCAGUGAAGGUGCCAUAUGCACUGUUUGAUUCCUACCCAGAGGAUUUCUACGUGGAAGGGCUUCCUGAGGGGGUGCCCUUCCGCCAGCCUACAACUUUUGGGAUUCCAAGACUAGAGAAGAUCCUGAGAAGUAAACCCAAAAUAAAAUUUAUUAUUAAAAAGCCUGAGAUGCUUGAGGCAGUUAUCAAAGAAAGUUCUGAUAAAAGCCCCCAAGGAAAAAAUAAUUCCCCCAGUAAAGCCAAUGUAGCAAGGACCACAAAAAACUCAGUGAAAACAGCUACAAGUGUUGGAGACCUAAACAUUGUUAAAGUAACCAUAAAAGAUGAUGAAAGUGAGCCACUGCCAAAAGCAGAAAGUGCCAGACAAUUGAGAGAGCAAGUAAAUGAGCUUUUUAGCCAGAAAUUUGGUGAAGCCACUGGUAUGAAUUUUCCUGUGAAAGUUCCAUACAGAAAAAUCACUAACAACCCUGGCUGUGUGUUGGUGGAUGGAAUGCCUCCAGGUGUGGCAUUUAAAGCACCCAGUUAUCUGGAACUCAACUCAAUGAGGAAGAUUUUGGAAUCAGCAGAGUUUAUCAAGUUUACUGUCAUUAGACCAUUUCCAGGACUUGUGAUUAACAAUCAGCUGCUAGAAGAAGCUGAAGCAGAAGCAGAAUCACCAGCAGCAGCAGCAGCCACUACCACAGCAGCACUACCAGAGCCAGAUGAACCAAGCCAAAUAGAAGUAUCUAUAGAAGAUAAUACAGAAACAGAAGAAAAGUUUCAAAUAAAGAAAGAUCCAGACCUGACGUCAUAGACCUCAUCAACACUGGUCAGAAGCUUCCCGUUUUGAGAAGAGCCUGCUCAGCCUGUCUAGAGCUGUGUAAUAUAACUGUAUAAGAGAAGUAUCUUCUAUACAAAUCCUUUUGUACUAUUAUAUAGAAAUGUCUACUUUUUCAGCAGUUCUGUGAAUUGAUCUAAUAAUGACUGUAGAUUUGGAAUGUCUUGAGUUUACUUUGGAAUAUAUUUUAAGGAUUAAAUUUGAUUCAGCAGUGCUGGGGAGAUGGCAGGGAUUAAAAUCAACAGGGACAUAGCUCAGGCUGUCUACAUUUUCCAGUAAAGGUGAAUUUCACUGUACCUGAAUGCAUCCUAGCUUUUGUAAUGAAAAAUUCCUGUGAAGAGUUCAGUUUGUUUACUUUGGAGAAAAAAACCCUCUACAUUAAUUUUCAGCUAUUAUUUUAAAUGUUUUAUUGGAUAAUAAUAUCUGUAUAUUUGAGCUAAUUUGAGCUAAUUUUGCCUAUUAUAUCUAUCACAAUUCAUAUGUUUUUCCUAAAUAAAAGAUAAAAUUAUCCACUUGA